AUUACUGGGUUCUUUUCUGUUAUAACCACAUUAAUAUCGAUCAUCUUCUUUAUGUAUCGAAACACGCCUGUCAUCAGAGCUAAUAACCGAGACUUGAGUAUCAUUCUUCAGGUCUCCAUCAUGCUGAGCUUCCUCUCUGUGUUUUUAUUUCUGGGUCGUCCUGUGCAUAUAACAUGCAUGCUUCGUCAUACAGUCUACGGGGUCCUCUUCUCAGUAGCAGUCUCCUCCAUUCUGGCCAAGACUAUGCUGGUCUACAUGGCCUUCAAAGCCACCAAACCUGGGACCUCCUGGAAGAAGUUCAUUGGAGUAAAGAUUCAGAUCUAUCCGGUUCUCAUUUGUUCUUUAUUCCAAAUUGUAACCAGUAUAAUCUGGCUGUCUGUCUCUCCCCCCUUCCCUGAAGCCAAUACUGACUUGUAUCUGGACAGAAUCAUCAUUCAGUGUAAUGAAGGAUCUGUACUGGCAUUUUCCAUCCUCUUGGGCUACAUGGGGCUUCUGGCAGUUGUGAGCUUCAUUGUGGCUUUCCUGGUCAGGAAUUUGCCAGAUAGUUUCAAUGAGGCCAAAUACAUCACCUUCAGCAUGCUGGUGUUCUGCAGCGUCUGGAUCACUUUUAUCCCGGCCUAUCUGAGCGUUACAGGAACGAACACAAUGCUUGUGGAGAUAUUUGCCAUCAUAUCGUCCAGUGCUGGGACUUUAGCUUGUAUUUUUUUUCCAAAAUGUUAUAUUGUAUUGGUGAGACCAGAUUUAAACUUAAAAAGAAAUAUAAUUAAACAAAUGGAUCACAGAUAG